AUGGAUAUGAAGAGAGUUGUCAUCUCGCCGAACGGUCAUUUCUUAGUGUCCGAAGACGACGCACGCCUGAAACUCUGGGAUCUCUCGGGCGAGACGUAUGAGGGCCAAUUGGCAGUCCAUAUCCAUACCCUCGAUGACUUGAAGAUACUUAGCUUCUCGGCAGACAGCGAGUCUCUCAUGUUAUGCGUCAAGAAUAUGUUUUACAUAUGGAUGAUGGGGAAAGUCAGCAACGCAGAGUCGUCACCACAAAAUCCUGAGUACAAGAUCCAAGCCCAGCUUAGUAUCUGCUCUGAUGGUCGAAGUCUCCGAAGGGCCUCAGGGCCAGAUCCAGUGGGCAUCAGGCUUGAGUUAAGCUCCAGUCAGAUCAGCGCAUCAUGGGUCAAUGGAAGAACGGUAGCAGCCUAUAACCUCCGGACUCUGGAAGUCUGGAAGUUGGGUCCUGCUAUUAAACACCAUUUUGCCUUCGAGACGCUUGGGGAGCAGCAGAUCAUGGCUGUUGCGCUUUCUGCAAACGAUGAGUACUUGGCUGUGGCUUAUGGUAAAACUCUGAAGGUCUGGGCCCUAAAGGACAAUUUUCGAGCAAGUGAUCCGAGGACCAUCGAACAAGUCGUGGCGAUAGGUCUCCCUCUUAACGGUUCUAUCCUGGCUCUCGCUUCAUUCAGUACUAUUUGGAUCUGGACUAAAACUUCACGCGAUGGUCCCAGAUGCCUUUUCCAACAUGAAAUAUCUAGAUCCUCGAUCCAUUUGCCUCUUGAGCAAUCUCCCGCUCGGAUUCCGGUGCUAGGUUUAGUCUCAACAAGCAACACUUUGGUCGCAGCCAGAUCAUUUCCCAAUCCUUCUGUCAUUCUCUGGGAUGAAUCAAGCGGCCUCAAGUUUCCAGUCACUAAGCCGGGCAAUGGAGGCUAUUCAGACAUCUCGUUUUCUCGAGACGAGACACACGUCUAUUUAACGGGUCGGGCGUUUAUUGAUUGUUAUCGAAUCAAGUCAGAUGUUUCUGAACUAGGUUUUGAUAAAGAAAUACGGAUAAUGUUUGAUGAGGAGGAAUGGAUAUAUUACAACGGGCAGAGGUUCUUGAAAUUCAUGCUGGAGAACUUGAGCCAAGUUUGGUAUGGCGGUAAUCGUCUUGCUGUGGUGGACUCCGGAAAGUUGUUAUUAUUUCAUUUCGAAUAA